AUGUUAACAAAUGAACAAAAAGAAAGACGUGUUCAAUGGGCUUUGGCACACAAGGACGAUGAUUGGAAUCGAACAGUAUUCUCUGAUGAAACAUCUUAUCAAUUAUUCAGAAAUACCAUCCGCCGUUGGUCGAAAUAUACUAACAAAGAAACAAAACCAAUUCCGAAGAAUAGACAGAAAAUUAUGGUGUGGGGUGCUUUUAGUAUCAAAGGUUUGUUGCAAUGCUAUUCUUUUCGAACAAUAAUGAACGGUCGUCUUUACGUUGAAAUACUUCAAAAUCAUCUCAUUGGUAACGCAAGAAAACAAUUUGGACGUCGGUGGCGAUAUCAGCAAGAUAACGACCCAAAGCAUACCAGUCGAAUAGCGAAACAAUUUUUGAAAGAACAAGUGCCUGAAAUAAUCGACUGGCCAAGCAAUAGUCCUGAUCUUAACCCAAUCGAAAAUCUUUGGUCUAUACUUAAACGACGUGUGGAGAAACGAAGACCAUCAAAUAUCAACGAAUUGGACCAGUUUUUACACGAAGAAUGGGAAAAUAUCGAUUUGAAAAUUGUAAAUAAUUUAGUACAGUCGAUGAAAUCAAGAUGUUUAGCGAUUAUUGAUUCAAAGGGAAAAAGAAUUGAUUAUUAA